AUGCCAGCGCUCAACCCGCUCGCAAGUGACGAGCAAAUCCAGCAAACACCCUCAAGAAGGGAUGGCAUUCCCGAAGACAUAGAGGAAGAGCUCUGUGUAUAUGCCUGUCAGCAAAUCCAGCAAGCUGGUAUCCUUUUAGACCUUCCACAGGUUGUCAUGGGUACAGCACAAGUCUUAUUUCGCCGGUUCUGGUUCGUCUCUUCCCUAACACAGUUCAAUGUGCAUGACAUCGAGAUGGGGGCGCUACUUCUCGCAUCCAAGCUAGAGGAAAAGCCCGUGCGGCUACGUGACAUGCUGCUUGUCUUUGACUAUCUUCUUCAACGCGCCAUUCAUUUCGCUCGCCACAAUCCUGCGCGGAGAAUGAAGGCCCUGCACGAGCAUGCUGCCCCAUCACUGCAUGAUGAUAUCCCCCUAUUCCAGUAUAAGCCAUCCAACUACUACUCUCAGUCCUUUUACGACGCAAAGGACGCGCUUGUCGUCGCCGAGAUGCAAAUCCUCAAGCGUCUUGGAUUCCAUAUGGAUGUUGAACUUCCCUAUGCCAGGGUUAUAAACUACUUGCAAGUCAUGGGUGUAGCCAAGGUGCGCCUAGAGAGCCUUCAUGACUCCUCAUUUCAUUUCGUGGCAGCGCAAGUGGCUUGGAAUUACCUCACGGAUGCUCUCCAAACGCGCGUGUACUGUCUUUUCCCACCACAUACGAUCGCCUGUGCUGCUAUAUACCUACUUACGGUGCAUCCUAACCCACUUCACAAGCCCAUGGCCCUCCCUCUCGAGCCGCGUCCUUGGUGGGAGCUUUUCGACGCGACACGAGACGAGCUUCGCGCUAUCGCUAGCCAUAUUUUGCGCCUCUACGAUGCGCAUGAUGCAGAGCCAAGUGGUCCUGCGGCAGGAUUCGCUGCCCGUGUGCGUGAAAUGCAGGGCGGGUUGGUAAAGUUAGGGAAUCGUGCUGGUCUUCGCACCUGGCUCGAAGGAACUUGA